UGGAACCCCUCCAUGAUCGAUCUACCCCUCCAGCCAUCAAGAUACGUUUGAACAACACGCACCAUCUUCUUCUCAUCUCUACCUUAUACCGAUUGACUUCCGACUCCUUGACCUGACUACGUUGCGCCCAGGUCUACUUUUGUGCCUGCAUCUUGCCAUCUACCCGUUCAUUAAGGUAGUCGUCAUCUCAAUCCCUCCUACAUCCGACAUCACAUCUCCAACAAUAGUCCGUGAUGAGUUGCGCAGAAGCAAUCGACAACCCGGACGAGCUGGUCACGUCCGACAACCCCGAGCACCCCGCAAACCUCAUUCCAUCUCUCUGCGCAAAAUUCUGGACCCUUGGCUGGGUAACAGGUACAGGAGGCGGCUGUUCCAUCCGUGAAGAUGACCUCGUCUACAUUGCCCCCUCAGGCGUGCAAAAAGAGCUCAUGAAACCGUCCGACAUCUACGUGCUCUCCCUCGCCGCCCAGGAACCCACCCUCAAGAACCGCACCUACCUGCGCUCCCCGCCCUGCUACAAGCCCUCGCAGUGCACCCCCCUCUUCCUCGCCGCCUUCACCAAACGCGGCGCCGGCUGCUGCAUCCACACCCACUCCCACUGGGCCGUCCUCGUCACCCUCAUCCUCGAGACCUCGACCCCGGCCGGCGGCGACCCCAAGCUCUUCGAGAUCAACAACAUCGAGCAGAUCAAGGGCUUCGGCAAGGGGUACGGCAAGCAGGGCAACCUCGGAUACCACGACACCCUCCGCAUCCCCGUCAUCGAGAACACCGCCCACGAGGAGGACCUGACCGAGUUCCUCGAGGAGGCCAUGGAUAAGUACCCGGAUACCUACGCCGUCCUUGUCCGUCGACACGGCGUUUACGUGUGGGGGGAUAACGUCCACAAGGCCAAGACGCAGUGUGAGAGCUUGGACUACUUAUUCCAAUUGGCCGUCGAGAUGAAGCAGUUGGGCAUCCCCUGGCUUAGCGAUAUUCCUGUCGUAAACCCGAAACGCAGCUAGAACAUUUUAUGUUGGGACAUGCCACCAGAAUAUACCAGUUACCUUGCAUAUAGACGACGGCGACGUCGACGUCGACGAGAGCGA